AACAUGAAGGAUGCCAAGAAUUUCCCAGCGUUGAAAAAUGACAAUGUUUUGAGAGCAGCACGAGGUGAAGCCGUCGAUCGUGUACCCGUUUGGGUAAUGAGACAAGCCGGCCGCUAUUUGCCCGAAUUUCAAGAAGUACGUAAAGUGCAUGAUUUUUUCACGGUGUGUCGUACCCCAGAAUUGGCAUGUGAGGUUACUAUGCAACCAUUGAGACGUUUUGAUUUAGAUGCAUCGAUUAUAUUUUCGGAUAUUUUGGUAAUGCCACAGGCCUUGGGUAUGACAGUGGAAAUGCAUCCAGGGGUGGGUCCAGUCUUCCCCGAACCUUUGCAAUCACCUGCCGACUUGUCCAAACUUAAACCUGAAGGUGCAGUGGAACGUUUAGCCUAUGUGGGUGAGGCAAUUACCAUGAUGCGUCAUAUGUUGGAGGGUAAAGUGCCUUUGUUGGGUUUCACUGGUGCCCCCUGGACUUUGAUGGGUUAUAUGAUUGAGGGUGGCGGCAGCAAAACAAUGUCAAAGGCCAAGGCAUGGCUCAGCGAUUAUCCCGAAGAUGCCAAAAAGUUAUUGGAUAUGCUUGCCUCCUCCAUUGUGGAUUAUUUGGAAAUGCAGGUUAAGGCGGGUGCUCAAAUGUUGCAAGUUUUCGAAUCGUCAGCUGAACAUUUGUCAAAGGAGGACUUUUUGAAAUGGUGUGCACCAUAUCUCAAGGAUAUUGCCAGCAAAUUAAAGCAGCGUUUGACUGAACAGAAUAUUCCAUUGGUUCCUAUGACAAUUUUCGCCAAGGGUGCUGGUCACUCUCUGGCCGAACAGGCCACACUGGGUUAUGAUGUCAUUAGUUUGGAUUGGACUGUUGAUCCCGAGGAGGCCCGCAAACAAGUUGGUCCCAAUAUCACUUUGCAGGGUAAUUUGGAUCCUCAGGAUUUGUAUAAGACACCCGAAGAAAUACGCGAAUUGGCCACAACAAUGGUGCGUAAAUUUGGCAAGACACGUUAUAUUGCCAAUUUGGGCCAUGGCAUUACACCACAAACACCAAUUGUAAGCAUGGAAGUUUUUGUAGAUGCUGUACACAAAGCCUUAUAGAUUAUAAGAAUGCAUUUUUUAUAUAUACAUAUAUACUCUCUUUGUUU